AAAAUACCUUCCUCCUCGAUUUAUUCUCACUAGAUUCUCUCCCUCUCUCUCUCUCUCGUUAUCGUUGGCAUCGGGCUCUUUAUAGCAGUAGCAAGUACAAGCACUUGCUCAUGGACCUCGACGACGACGUAUUCUCCUCAUUUAGUCACCACCGCGAUGCUUCAGCCGUUCGUUCUCCCAAAAUCUUCGACCGUUAUUUCUCUUCCUCAUCGUCUUCCUCCGACGAUGAAUCUCAGCUCUCCAAUUCCUCCAUGGAAGCCACCAGCAAACGCCUCGAUUACAUGAUCCAAUUCUUGGACCGCAAGCUCUCUGCUACAACCGCCACUCAUAAUGUCAAUUCUUCACAUAAUGAUAACGCCUACUCUAACACAAACAACUCAUCAUCCUCUGCAGUAGCUUUACCAGAGUUCAUUGGUAACGGAGGUGGAACUGGAAUUUUCAGACUUCCUGUUCGAGGUGCUGUUCAUCCGGGCCGCCCACCCAGUCUCGAGGUUCGACCCCACCCUUUCAGGGAAACCCAAAUAGGUUGUUUUUUGAGAACCAUCACCGCAACGGAUGCUCAAUUGUGGUCUGGAACCGAGAACGGCUGUCUCCAAGUCUGGCAAUUCAAGGAUUUGUGCGGUGGAAGUGAGGACACAGCGCCAUAUACGGAGUCUGUGGCUGUCGGGUCUGCGGUAAUGUGCAUUGUCGGGGAUGAGGGAAGCAGAAUGGUAUGGAGUGGGCAUAGGGACGGGAAGAUCAGAUGUUGGAGAAUUGAUUUCACUUCCGAUCGAUUCAGAGAAAUCUUGUCUUGGGAUGCUCAUCGUGGCCCUGUUCUCUCCAUGGUCAUCAGUUCAUAUGGGGAUUUAUGGUCAGGUUCAGAAGGGGGUGCUAUCAAGAUAUGGCCAUGGGAAGCUUUUGAAAAAUCCUUUUCUUUUACAGAGGGGGAAAGGCACAUGGCUGCUUUGUUAGUGGAGAGGUCAUAUAUUGAUCCUAGAAGCCAGAACGCUGUAAAUGGCUUCUGCAACAUGCUAACUUCUGAUGUUAAGUUCUUGCUAUCUGAUAAUUCUAGAGCAAAAAUAUGGAGUGCUGGUUAUUUGUCAUUUGCAUUGUGGGAUGCUCAUACACGGGAGUUGCUGAAAGUAUUCAAUAUAGAUGGUCAAAUUGAAAGAAUGGACCUGUCAUAUGGACAGGAUUUUACCUUUGAAGAUGAGAUCAAGAUGAAAGUUGUUGCAGGUUCAAAGAAAGAGAAGAUUCAAAGUUCAUUUGGUUUCUUUCAGCGUUCACGUAAUGCUAUAAUGGGAGCAGCUGAUGCUGUUCGCAGAGUUGCUGCAAAAGGUGGAUUUGGAGAUGAUAACCGGAGAACUGAGGCGUUAAUCACAACCAUUGAUGGAAUGAUUUGGACUGGUUGUGCAAAUGGCUUACUCGUCCAAUGGGAUGGAAAUGGCAGUCGUUUGCAAGAUUUCCAGUACCAUUCUUUUGCUGUUCAAUGCUUUUGUACAUUUGGGUUGCGAUUGUGGGUGGGCUAUGCAAGUGGUACUGUCCAGGUCUUGGACUUGAAGGGUAACUUGCUUGGAGAGUGGGUGGCUCAUGGCAGUCCUGUGAUAAAAAUGGCUGUUGGGGCUGGUUAUGUUUUCACCUUGGCUAAUCAUGGAGGUAUACGUGGAUGGAGCAUCAUGUCUCCUGGACCUUUGGACAACAUACUGCGUUCAGAAUUGGCUGGAAAAGAAUUCUUGUAUACAAAGAUAGAGAACUUGAAAAUAUUAGCUGGUACGUGGAAUGUAGCGCAAGGAAGAGCAUCCCAUGACUCACUUGUAUCAUGGCUAGGUUCUGCAGCUGGGGAUGUUGGCAUUGUCGUUGUUGGGUUGCAAGAAGUUGAAAUGGGUGCUGGUGUUUUAGCUAUGUCUGCGGCAAAAGAAACUGUUGGACUUGAGGGUAGUGCUGUUGGGCAGUGGUGGCUGGAUAUGAUUAAUAAAACAUUGGAUGAAGGAUCAACAUUUGAACGUGUUGGUUCACGGCAGUUAGCAGGCUUACUCAUUGCUGUGUGGGUUAGAAAUAAUCUUAAAGCUCAUGUUGGGGAUGUCGAUGCUGCUGCAGUUCCAUGUGGCUUUGGGCGUGCAAUUGGCAACAAGGGGGCUGUUGGUUUGAGGAUCAGAGUAUAUAAUCGGACAAUGUGUUUUGUUAAUUGUCACUUUGCAGCACACUUGGAAGCUGUGAAUCGCCGGAAUGCUGACUUUGACCAUGUAUAUCGAACAAUGACUUUCAGUCGUCCUUCAAAUCUCUUCAAUGCUGCAGCUGGUAUGGCGCCAUACCUUUUCUUGUCUUGCUCACUUGCCUGCUUACUGUAUUUAUUUUGGCUUGUUUAUCGAUCUAGCUUGCCAUUGCUCCUUUGUAUUGCAGCUGGUUCUUCAUCAGCAGCAGUCCAGAUGCUUCGUACUUCUAAUGUUAUGGGGGCUAAUUCUGUAGAAGGAAUGCCUGAGUUAUCUGAGGCAGACCUGGUCAUAUUUCUUGGUGACUUCAAUUAUCGGCUCAAUGGUAUAUCUUAUGAUGAGGCAAGGGACUUUAUUUCUCAAAGAUGCUUUGAUUGGCUUAGAGAAAGGGAUCAGCUACGAGCAGAAAUGGAAGCUGGGAAUGUCUUCCAAGGAAUGCGGGAAGCAGUCAUUAGAUUUCCUCCCACAUACAAGUUUGACAAGCACCAACCUGGUUUAGCAGGGUAUGAUUCAGGUGAGAAAAAGCGCGUUCCAGCCUGGUGUGAUAGAAUACUUUACCGUGACAGCCGGUCUGCUUCGGUGUCUGAAUGCAGUCUAGACUGUCCUAUUGUCUCGCUGAUCUCACAGUAUGAAGCAUGCAUGGAUGUCACUGAUAGUGAUCACAAGCCUGUGCGUUGCAUAUUUAAUGUUGAUAUUGCACGAGUUGAUGAGUCAGUAAGGAGACAAGAGUUUGGUGACAUUAUCAAAUCAAACCAGAAAAUUAGAUACAUGCUUGAAGAACAGUCCAAGAUUCCAGAAACUAUUGUCAGCACAAACAAUAUAAUACUUCAAAAUCAGGACACCACCAUUUUGCGCAUCACAAAUAAAUGUGCAAAAAAAGAUGCCUUAUUUGAAAUUAUCUGUGAAGGUCAGUCCACAAUCAAUGAAGAUGGGCAAGCAUUAGAUCAUCAGCCAAGAGCUUCCUAUGGCUUUCCACGAUGGCUUGAGGUAACUCCGGCAGCUGGUGUAAUUAAACCAGAUCAUAUUGCGGAGGUAUCCGUACAUCUUGAGGAUUUUCCUACCCUGGAAGAAUUUGUCGAUGGUGUCCCUCAAAACUCCUGGUGUGAAGAUACUAGGGACAAGGAAGCUAUAAUGGCGGUCAAAGUGCACAGUUCAAACAAUACAACUGCAUUGAGAAAUCAUCGUAUCCGAGUGCGGCACUGCUGUUCGAGGAAGACGACAAGAAUUGACCCUACACCAAAACAGUCUGGGCAAGUCCAGGGAAGUCUUCUCCCUCGGUCCGAUUAUCAACAGCUUAGUAGUUCUUAUGAUGUGGUUGACCACCUACGUAAGUUGCAUAGUCCUUGAUUGAAAAUUGACUUACUGGGGUUGAAUCGCAAAAUCUUUGCUCAAGCUUAGGGGAUCCUUCAUUCCAACAACAAGCAUCUUAAUGUAAAUAGAGAGGCGCCGUCUUUGCUCUUUGCUUCUACACGUUCAAUCUUCAUUUACAACUUCUUGUUCUGUUUAUGUAGAGCAAUUAUUUGUGCAUGCGAGCGGUUUGUGAAGCGAAUUUGAGUCCGGCGUGUAAUUCUGUGGCUGAUUUGCAAGUGUACAGAAACAGGGAUUGCAUCAAGCAGUAGCAGCCUUUUUAUCUAUAUAUAAAAUAUUUUUGGGGAGUGCCUUUUUAAGGCCUUAGUUUC